AAUAUUCUGAAAUUGAAAAAGCUUCAAAAAUGCUUGUUGCUUCCGCAAACAACAAUGGAAUACAAAAAUUGGUUAAAAAAAAAAACUACACUUAACCUUUAUUUUCAUGAAAUCAGGUUGGAAGUUCUGUCUUCAACUUCUGCAUUUUAAGUGCAUACGUUUAUAGUUUUGCUGGUCCUGUCCUCUCUUUUAACCUGAUUCAUUCUGUGGUUAUUAUAGACCACUACUAAAUGACCAGUGAGAAUCCUACCACUGAGCCAUCAUUUGCCCCAAAUAAACCAAAUUUCAUGCAAAUUUCUGUGUAUGGGGCCAAUUAUGUCAAAUUGAGAAGUCGUUUCUUUAUAGCAAAUACAUUCACACUGCCCUCUUCUGGCCGACAUUUAGAAUGACGCAUUACGGAAAAUGGGUGACACAUUUUGGGAAAUAUUUACUAUAUAAUACAAGCAUAAACAGAAUUAAAUCCUCACAAUUAAACUAUCAAAACAUUUACACAAUUGUAUACGUAAAUGUGUGUUUCAAGCAGGAAAUGACUGCAUUUAACACAUUCAGAUCCAAAUAUGUGAAAGAGACUGCGGAAGGCCUUUAUAUACCAUGCCAACAAUGUCUCAGCCGAUCACAGCGGACAUUUUCUUAUCAUUGUUCAUAUUCAAGGUAGCUUAAGGUUAAACAAUUGUUCUGAAAUGCGAUGUCAAUUUGAGAUACACCGCUUUGGUUGGGCAGAGUGAGCGUCGCUGCAUGGAGGUCACCGCAGACAUUUAACUAGCGUAAACGGUGAAACGGAGACGGAGGCGGGGAGAGGGCGAACAGUGGCCAGACGCCUUCAAACAUGGCGUCUCCGAAGCAAAAUGAGAAAAAAAUAUUAAAACGCGCGGCCUGAUUUCGCCUGUUUGGUAUACUCGGUUUUUUUUUCCUACGUCAUAUUCGAUUCGGUGCCGGCAGACUCGUUGUGAUUUAUACCUGAAUGUCAAUAAAAAAAACAAGUUAUUCAAGAAGCGAGGGUUUCUGGAGGAGAAAACAAGCCCUGUUUUGUUUUGAUGCGUCGUUGCUGACAGCUAGCAACAGCCGCCAGCACACACAGAAAAGAAGAUAAAUGGUUGGGAAAGAUUUGCAUGCAAAGAUAGGGGAUUUCAAAACAGCAGAUUUCUCAGCCUCGGUUGCAGGGAAUUAGUUGAUACCAACGUGGCUUGUUCAAGGCGACCAUCGCAGGUUUGUUAGCAGUGUAGCAAAAACUAGCCUAAAGAAAGGGGAGGAGAGACGGUGGAAAAUCAAAUGUUUUUCAGUAAUCUGUCCAUUAGUGGCCAAUUCGCCGCAUCUUCAUUAUGAGCGCGCCUGAUACGAGACGGAAUCUUAACUAGUGGAAAUGGUAAACGUUAAAGAUGCUACAUUAAGAGAAAGUCUGUUUUGGAGAUGGUUGGAUUAUAACCCCGUAGACCCCCCUCUCUUUUUUCAUCUAGCUUUCUCCUCCCCUCCAUUUCUCUUUCAAUAUGCUGUUUUCCACUCCUGAGGACUUGCACAUGAAACCGGGGAAAAUAGCCUAAAAGCGAGUACAGAGUAGAAUAGUAGAUCUUUUGUGCUCGACUUAUGUGAUCCGUUUUGUGAAGCUCUCGUUGGCUUUAUCCCUUCUCUCGUUGCAAACAUUGUUGUCAAGACAUCAAUGGAUAGAAAUUACCCGGGAACAGGAUUCGGGGAUUUAGGCGCAGGAGCAGGAUGGAGUUACGAGAGAUCGGCCAAAGCAAGCCUUGUAUAUGGGACUUCCAGAUCAUCCCACCCUGAGUCUGAGCUCCUUCACCGGCAAACUUAUGCCACCCCACACCCUCUGCAGGGCUAUGCCACCAAUCAUCACCCAGGGAGCUCUGGUCAAGGCGGAGCUUGGGGAGCAGCUGGACGGAGUUUGGGUUUGUCUGGGCUCUUUGAUACUGGCCUACACCACACAAGCCCAUCCACUCCUGAUGCCUCCGUCAUGAAUCUGAUUUCAGCCCUGGAAUCCCGGGGUCCCCAACCUCCACCCUCUGCCUCAUCCCUUCUUUCCCAGUUUCGCACACCAUCCUGGCAAACAGCAAUGCAUACACCUGGUCCUCCCGAACUUUUUAUCUCUGGGGCCCUUCCUGGCUCUGGUUCUUUUCCUUCCUCCUCAGCUCUCUCAGCUUAUCAGCACCCAGCAUCGUUCUCGAGCCGUUCCUUCCCUGCUGCUUCACUUUCCCUCCAGGAUACACCCACAUUCAGUCCCACAUCUAAUGGGCUGCUCUCCCCUCAUGACCCUCUGCUUCACAUCAAGGCCCCCUCCCAGUCUAGUCUGGGUUUUGAUAGACUUCUGUCGUCACAGGGUGCCGCUGCAGCUGCUUAUAGGGGCAACCAGGAUCCCACCGGAGCCCCUUCAGCCCAGGCGUCCUCUGCUCGACACUUGCAGUCCCACCAAUUCAAUCUGCUUUCGUCACAGCUUCAGGACCAGCCCUCUCAGCUAUACAAUGCAUCAGUGUUUUCCUCAGCCCAGUCCCAGGCUCAGCCCCAGUCCAGUUCAGCUCAGGAGCGAGCUGUGCCCCGACAGGACAGUGUUAUCAAGCAUUACCAGAGGCCCACACCAGCGCAGUCGCAGCUUGCAUCUUCUGCCGCCCACUCCCUUCAGCACUACCUUAGUUGUGGGGGGGCAGGAUACCAGCAAAUAACACCCCACCCCAGACAUGCAGGUCUUUCAUGCAGUCCACUUGGAGACCAGAGCCCUUCUUCUGACCUUAAGACGAACUCCCGCACUGAGCAGUAUCGCCCUAUCAUCCAGCCUCCUUAUUCGUCGUCCUCAUCCUCCACGUCUUCAUCUUCGGCAGGAAAGAGCACCAAGAGCAGUUCUAGCAGUGGCUAUUCUUCGGCAAGUUCGGCUUCGUCAAGAACCCCUCACACCCCCCCAUCUGCUUCAUCCACAUCCUCCUCUUCCUCUUCCUCUUCUGCCUCCUCUGGUGCUCAUCCUUCCAACUCUAUCCCUACCUCUAGCUCAAGUUCAGCCCCGUCUAGGCAACAGCCACCUCCUCAAACAGCACCCCCUCCCCAGACCCAACAGCAGCAGCAGCAGCCCCCUGCGACUUCAACUUCAGCACCGCAGUCCCUUCCCAAAUCUUGUCUCUCUGGCUACGGUUCUCCUGUGCCCCCAGGGAAAACACCGACUUCCGCUCUUGCUGGUCAGACCCCAACUCAGCAACAGACACAGUCAUAUUCCCCCAAUCACCCCCCUACUUCCCACUUGGCUCAGUCCUAUGGUGGCUUCAGUUCACCACAAGCCCAGGACUUAAGCUCAGGUGCUGCUGCGAAAGGAUAUGGGAGUUUAGGUGGACGAAGCCAGUCAUAUUCUACUGAUAUUUAUGGAACUGAUUCUGCUUAUAGCUCCCUUCCAUCUUCUCUUGGUGGAGCUGGAAGCCCAUCACUGGGUUAUGGAGCGCCAGGUCACUCUCCUGCCCUUUUAAGAUCAGCUGGUUCAUCUGGUAGUGGCGCAUCUGGUGGAGGAAGCAGCACCAGUGCAGGAAGUGGAAACUCUGGCUCAGGAGGAGGAGCAGGAAAUAGUAUGGCGAACGAAAGAGGUGGAGGAGGAAGCAGUGGAGCUGCUUAUCAUAUUCCAGAUUCUAGCCCAUCUCCAUCGGGCAGCACAGGAAUCAUUCGUCCAAGGUUGCACUCCCCUGUGCCUCCCUGUCCAACGCAAUCACCAGGAGGAACAGGGUCGAACAAAUAUAUUUCAUCAGUUCUUUCCCCUACCUUCUUAGCCUCCCCACAGGGUUACCCGGAUACCAGAGGUCCCAGCUCCCAACCUCAGCCCUACCAUUCCAACUCUUCUAAAGCAAAAGCAGACACGUCCAUGCUGGGAGUUGGCUCUCAAAGAUCCCAGGAUGAAGUUGAUGAUGAUGAUGAGUUUCUUAUUCAGCAUUUGUUGCAAGCCCAGGCGAGUCCCACUCCCCAAACGACUCAUCAACAUUCUCAACAGCCACUCCAACCCACCCCCCAACAAGCACAGCCUCAGCCCCAGUCAGUGGUCCCUACCACUGAUUCAGGAAAAGGACUCAGCUAUGACAUUGUAAAAACAAGUGAGGAGAGGUACCACCCCCAGAGUGUCAUACGUACCCACAGUGCCACAUCGGGUGGAGUAGGAAAUUCAGCGUCUGGAGGGUCCAUGUCGGGGUUGGAAAACCAGUUGGAGAUGUCACUGAAAAAACAACAACAGCAGCAGCAUCAGCAGCAACACCAACAUCAACAACAGCAGCAGCAGCAGCAACAACAGCAACGAAAUGAGAGGUCUGUUGGAAGCAGUAGGAGCAAUGGUGGCAGAAGCAGUGCUGAACAAGUGCACCCCCACCUCCAUCACCAUGACAACCUGGGCUCGGUAGUCCAUUAUGGGCGGGGCGAUCCAUUCACACCACACUCUCUGGCUCCGCAACACUCCUCCCACAGUCAGCAUGUGUCCUCUCACUCCCAGAUAACAUCUCAUACCCAAAUGGAGCUCCAGAAAAAGACACAAGAUCGUGCUGAAAUUCCGUAUCCUCAGAAAACACCAGAGGUCCAGGCACAGCAUUCCCAGUCUCAAGCUGCUGCUUCUCUGAUGGACUCGCCCAAUGACCAAUCCCGUCAGCCGCCGCACCUCCUGCAGUCGGUGUUGUCCCACACCGCCCGCAACAAACUGGAGCCUCAUCAACAACACCACAAAAUAGACUCUCAUCGGCAACACCAACAGCACCACAAGUUGGACUCCCACCAGCCUCUUCAACAACAUCCAAAAAUGGAUUCCCACUCUCAGCAUCAACAACAUCAGAAGAUGGACUCUCAUCAGCAUCAGCAGCACCACAAAAUUGAUCCCCAUUCGCAACAUCAGCAGCACCAUAAACUAGACUCUCACGCCCAACAACAGCAGCACUCUUUAAGCCAACAGCAAACAGUAAUGGAAAGUGCAAACGGCAGACUUGGUUCUACUAAGCAUCAGUCACAGUCUCAGUCUCAAACCACUCAGCUUCAGCUUCAACUUCAGUCCCAAGCUCUUGAAGUGGCUGCAGCCCACUAUAACCACGGACCGGCUCCUCAUCAGCACGAGCAAAGCCACAUUAAACAAAGCACAGUGGUCUCCUCCUUGGACAUGCUCGAGCGCUCUCUGUCACAAACAUCCGGCACAGAUGUAGCUGUCGAGGACCGACAUAGUGUUGCCGGCAGUGGAAGAAGAAGUGGAGGCAGCAGCGAAUGUCCCAGACAGCAGCAGCAGCAGGAGCAGCAGCAGCAGCAUCCUUCCCAUCAUCAGUCGCAACAGAGUCGCCAGUCGCAGCAACACUCAGCAUCUGAACUCCACUCCUUCCUUUCCGAGCCUGAUAUAAACCUGGCCACGCGAUCACACAUGCACCACUUGUCACAGCAUCACCCACAACAGCAGCAGCAGCAGCCUUCCCCAUCAACGCAACAUCAACAAACCCACUCUCAUCACCCUCACUCCCAAUCACACCCUCAACAGCAGCCCCCACUGGCUCACCACAUACCUCAACCCUCCGCCUCGUCCCACUCCCAACCUCAGCCAGACACACAGCUUACUCCUCAGCAAAGCCAGCUGGACCAACAGCGCUCAGAGCAGCACCAGUUCGACACAGUCAACCCAGUAGAAAAGGCAGACCAGAAUCAACAAAAUAACCGCUUUGUGCCCCUGACCUCUAUCUGCUUUCCAGAUUCUCUACUUCAGGAUGAGGACCGCUCUUUCUUCCCGGGAAUGGAAGACAUGUUUUGCACAGAGGACUAUAAGUCCAGCUGUGCUGGAGGUGCAGGACCAGGACAGGGGGCGAUGAAUGAAAGCCACACUGGGCAAGAAGGAAUGGACACCUUGAAAGCUGGACAGAGUGCAAGUGGUGCUGGGGAAACUGCUGGAGAUACCUAUGACAUAAUGGGUCACCACACUGCGGACCAGGCUUAUGAACCAUACUGUCACGGUUUGGAAGAACCCAGCAACAACACCAUGACUCUGGAUCUUGACUCUCUGAAAACACACGAACUCCCUUCCACUGUUAACACUGAACAACUGGGAUUGAUACAGUCUCAGGGUUCGGGUAUGGGUAUGAGCUCAAAUUCUGCUCCUAAUAGCUCUGGAGCUAAGAUGUCUUCUGUGCCUGGAGUAGCUAACAUAGGACCUGGGUCUGGAGGCCUGCAGUCUCCUAUUUUUUGCUCAUCUCGCCCUAAAAAGCUCCUCAAAUCUAGCUCUUUCCACUUGUUAAAAGAACGCCGGGAUCCGAACACACUGCCGAAGAAAAGUUACGCUCAAGAGUACGAGUUUGAAGAUGAUGAGGAUAAAGCCGACCAGCCUGCAGAUAUCAGGUUAAACAGUCGAAGGCUUCCAGAUCUGUUACCUGACUUGGUGUCCAGCUGCAGGAAAGGGGGAGGAAGUGGUUCUCUCAGCCCUUUAAUGGGUGAUAUUGAUUUUUACCACUCAUCAGGUUACUCUUCUCUCGGUUCACACUCUCUCAUGCCACAGGAAGGACCAAAGAAGAGAGGCCGAAAGCCGACAAGACCUAAGAGAGAGGGUCCUCCAAGGCCAAGAGGGCGGCCUCGCAUUCGCCCAAUGCCUGAGCCAUACACUCCAAGAGGAAUGAUGGGGGAGUUAGGUGGAACAACAGUGGGAGGAGGGUUCAGCGUAGAAGGCCGAGGUAGGGGCAGGGGUCGCGGAAGCCGUGGUAGAGGAGGAAGACGGGAGGAUAUGUAUAUGGAAUUAAAAGAGCAAGAUCAGUUGCAUCAUCACCUGCAACAGCAGCAGCAGCAGACAAAGAAGCUCCAACAUCAGUCAGAACAGCAACAGGAGCCUAUUCCACCGCUGAAGAUCAAAUUACCCAUUGGAACCCUGUCGUCCUCGGACGCUUUGCUGCGGACAGACUCAUUGUCUGGCACAGAUCCUGCCCUGUCAGAUGGCUCUGUGGGCUCUGCCCCCUCACUUGGUCUUAGCCCUGGACCCCCAUGCAGCGCAGACAGUACCAGAAACCGGGACAAGAACAAGGAGAAAAGCCAGAUGAUGGGUGAAGAAGUUGAUGAAGGGCUGGAGGAAAAGGGGAAUGAGAAGGGCUCUGAGUCCAAAGCUGGUUUUGUGGCUUCAUUCCUAGACUUUUUGAAGACCGGGAAGAGACCUCCAGACUUAGACAUUUCUCCAGAAAUGGAAACCGACAAUGGCGAAGACUCGCCUUGUAAACCAGGAGCUUUACGCCCGCUUUCCCCUGCUCCACCUCCUCCGCCACCUCCACCUCAGUUUGGAGAUGGUGAUGGCAAUAGCGGUCUCGCCCUAGGCAACUGCUCAAGCCCCAAGCGCUUGGAAGACGAGUUGAAGAGAAACCUGGAGACAUUACCAUCGUUCUCCUCUGACGAGGAAGACUCGGUGGGAAAGAACCAGGACCUCCAGAAAAGCAUCUCCUCGGCUAUUUCAGCUCUGUACGACACUCCUCAUCUAACCUCCAACAUGCAAACUCCUCUCCCUCCUCCUACUCUCCAACCUCAACCUCAGCCGCAACCUUCCCAGUCACCCCUUAUUCCUGCUCUGCAGCCCCCAACACUAAGCCACCAGUCCAGCAUGCACACUCCACACGCUCAGAACCAGUCGAAUGAACCCAGUGUUCUCCAGCCAGAAGACAUCGAAGUCGAGGGCAAUGAGGAGGAAGAGGAGGAGGAGGAGGAAGAGGUGGAAGAAGAAGAGGAGGAGAAGGAAGAAAAAGAACUAAGCCCAGGUCGGAACAAAGAGAAUUAUAUGACAGAAAAGAUGCAGCAGCCUCAGCUAGAAACACUCUCUACACCUAAACUAGAUGAUCCACUCCAUGAACCCUCCCCAGCACUGACAACUCCCCAACCUCCCUCUGAACCCCAGUCCCCCGUGUCUUCGUCUUCUCCUUCCCACUCCCCACUUCCUCCUCUCCCAAUUUCCUCACCGAUGCCUCCCGCAGUGGAUCAAGAGAAAAAUUCACUCCCCCAAAGCCCUGUUGCUUCUUCGUCUCCAUCGCCUCCCCCGCCUGCUAAUCUUCCUCAGCCAGCCACACCACCUCCAGCCUCACCUCCUCCUCCUCCUCCACCUGCAUCUCAGAAGGAGUCUCCUACACCCUCACCAGAGUCUGCCACCUCCCCAGAAGAACCACCGGCUCCAAAAAUCACCUCUCUGCACCUUGCUCAAAAGCAAGAAGAUGCUGCUAUUGUUGGAGAGAGUGAGGAGGACGACAGUGAGAGCGGAGGAGAGGGAAUCUUCAGAGAAAGGGAUGAGUUUGUGGUUCGAGUGGAAGACAUACAAACUCUCAAGCUGGCCCUGCAGACCGGUCGUGAGCCUCCUCCCAUUUGGCGUGUGCAAAAAGCCCUGUUACAAAAGUUCAGCCCAGAGAUCAAAGACGGGCAGAGGCAGUUUUGUGCCACAAGCAAUUAUCUUGGAUACUUUGGAGAUGCAAAGAAGAGGUACCAGCGAAUCUACGUAAAGUUUUUGGAGAACGUAAACAAAAAGGACUAUGUCAGAGUCUGUGCUCGGAGACCUUGGCGAAGAGUUGCCCCUGCUCACAGACGCCAGUCCCUUCCCAGAAUGGCAUCCCCAUCUGCAACCCAGGUGCCAGCUAGAACUGCAGACAAGGAGGAGAAAGCAGCUCCUGUAGUCCAGCGAGAACUGAGGGAGAAAUUAAGAAUAGCAAACACAGCAGCAGCGAAGGAGCAGUGUGAGAAAAGGGAAGCUCCAGCUUCGAUUGCCAAAACUAAAGAGAGGGAGCAGGAGAAAGAGAAGCAGGUUGAGCAACCCCUGCAGGAGAAAUCGGAAAAGCGCACCACAGCAGCAGAGCGAGGUAGAUCAAAGGGGGAGAAGAAAGCAGUGGAGAGGAAAGAGAAAGAAAAGCCUGUUCGCCCACCCAAGUCCAGGCCAGCAAAAGUGAAGGCAGAGCCGCCUCCUAAAAAGAGAAAGAAAUGGCUGAAGGAAGUACCUUCAUCAUCAGACUCGGAAUCUUCAGACGAGGCUGCAAGUGAGAAUGAAAUGCCGGUCAAGGGAGGAGUAAACAACCGUGCCAUGAGGGAGAUGUUCAGAAGCUAUGUAGAAAUGUUGGUCAGCACAGCCCUGGAUCCUGACAUGAUCCAAGCUCUGGAGGACACUGAUGAUGAACUGUACCUGCCACCAAUGAGGAAGAUUGAUGGCAUUCUCAGCGAACAGAAGAGAAGGCUGCUUAAAAGAGUCGGCAUGAGCUCUCAGCACCAGGUAAUUUGUACGCAAAAAGGAAGACAAAAACAAGAGAGAAAAUUGAGCAUUUUACAGACUCAAAGGGUGCACUUACCGUAUUUUUCCGCACUAGACCUUAAGCUAUCAGCGGAGUCUUAUCGGAUCUACAGUCUCUACCACUCCCUCCACCACUAUAAAUACCACACCUUCUUACAGUGCAAGAAAGAGACUAACUCCAUUGAGCAGGCAGCUGAAGACCCCGGCCAAGAGGAAGUGGUGCAGCAGUGCAUGGCCAACCAGAGUUGGCUGGACAGUCUCUUUAACUCCUUCAUUGAGCUGCUCACUCUCAGCACCAAAGCGUGAGCCACGUCAAGAAAAAGACUUCAGAGAGAGAAGCAAAAGAAGAAAUGAAAGAAAAAGAAAUGAAUCCCAUUGUAUAGUCCCAAGACCCUACUAUGUCUAAUACGGUUUUUUUUUUUGGCCCUUGAUGAACAAAGGAUGUCUACGUGACCUCCGACAUUAGCUGGUAUUUUUUUCUCGUUGUUACUGGGAACCCGGAAAACGGAUUAACUAUGUGAUGCAAGUUUUCCGGAAAAAAAAAAGAGAAGGAGCCAUAUUACCAAGUUCAAAAGCGGAUGAGGAACUGCUGAUGUAUCAUGUUAACUGUGUCAUAAAAAAAAAACAAACAAAAAAAAACAGUUUCAGCGAAGAAAAACAAGACUGCUUUGUUUUUACAUAAAUUAUUUUUUUGAAAAGACUAACAUCAGCUGUUGGCUUUUAAAAACGAGCGAACAAAGGCGAGAAUGCUUCCCAGCCUGUGCGCAGAGUGGAGACGUAAGCUGCACAAACGCGGAUUAAUCACGAGAUCCAGUUGUGUAAGUGAACUCUCCAUCUUAUCCCGUGCUUUGUGAGCGGCAUUGGUGAACCGUGUUAUAAUAUAUUAACACAUUUUUAUUAUUUAUAUAAGGGGGGGUGGGGGUUUAACUAAACUCUCGAAAGCUCGGGUUGCUGCCUUGAUAUUUUAACAACCUCUUAAUUGUUCAGACGUUUAGUGUUCCAUCGCUACAACCCACAAUAUCUACAUGGUCCUGAUCUAUAUAGAAAAGAAGACACAGGAAAACACAGGGAUAUUGUAUCUAAUACAGAGGGCAUCAAAUACUAAAAAGUAAGUAAAGAGAAAAAAAAAGGGAAUAAUAAUAAGAUUUGAAACUAACAUUGUUGUUCUUCAGUUCAAUCAUCAUCCAUGCAGGUGCAACACACACACACACCUAACUAUACGUUUCUCAUGAGGGAAGCUGGAGUAUAAAUGAGUAAUAUUUUAAGCAGAAACAUUCAUUUCAUUUUUCUUUUCUUUUUUUAUGUUUGUGCAUACUGACUUACUUUAAAAAAAAUGAUCUAAUUUUCCACAAAAAAAAAAGGAAAACAAGUGUGUAAAUACUGUACAGUUCUUGAUGAAAGUCUUUGUUCUUCUGUACAUAAAUGCUCCUGUAUUUGAGAAACAAAUAAAAUCUGCAAAGAACA